AGCUUCCAUCGUACACACGUCCGCAGGGUCUCGCCAUCCUUGUCUUCCACCACACCACAGGUACCAACACCGACGACUCAGCCGCAGACAUGCGUGCGUACUACCUCGACGACGUCCCCGGGGACCAGCACCUCCCGCACGACUCCGGGCGUGCCGUCGCGCUCGAGACGCUCGCCGCGCUCGGGGUGCUGUACUGGCGCAUCCCGACCAACUCGCCGGAGGGAUGGGAGAAGAAGAUCAACGCGAUCGCGGAUGAGCGCAACUACCGCUCGCGCGAUGUGGUGACCGCGAGCCGGGAGUCGCUCGGGGGUGAAUUCGACGCGAAGAUGGCCAUGUUCUUCAAGGAGCAUAUUCAUGAGGACGAAGAGAUCAGGUACCUUCUCGAGGGAAGCGGAUUCUUUGAUGUUCGCGAGUACACCACGGAUGCGUGGGUCCGGUGCCACCUCGAGGCGGGGGACAUGAUCAUUCUCCCCUCGGGGAUCUACCACCGCUUCACGCUCGAUGAGAACGAGCGCGCGAAGACGCUGCGGCUCUUCAAGGAUCAGCCGCGAUGGGAGGCGCACUUCCGCGGGCCUGCGACGGACGAGAACCCGUACCGCGUUGACUACCUGCAGACGUUCGCCGGUACGCGGCCAGUGGCUGUUUGAAGUAGAGGCCUGACCUCAGUAUGCGGCGCACGGUGAAUGUGCAAUGUACAGUAUUCGAACGACCGAGGAGGCGCUUCGCUCUCCGGAGCAAUGUAGUAUCAGUGAGCAGC